AUGAUUUCCGCUACAAGCGCGCCACGCCUUCCUAUAAAGCCUAAGUUCAAUGUCGAAUGGACCACUGUUACAUUGGACUGCUAUCAGAUACCAACUUAUGACUCAUCUAGUGAAUCAGAUGAAGUUGAUAGACUAAUACGGGACAAACGCCAACUAGAAGAUUUAAGUGCUGAAUCUCCAUUACCAGUAAAUAAUCAGCAAGAUACAGGUUUUUGGGAAAAGGUUGUCAGGGUGGCUUUAAGCAUAUUUAAUAAAUUUAUGGAAUGGUUAAAUUCCUAA